GAGGAGCAAAGUGGGUCGAUGCUUCAAUGUCACCUGUACGUGAAAUGAACACCUGCUGCCGGCGGGGUUCGAAAAGAAAGCCGCUCGUGUUUCAGGUCACUGACGCCUCAGUUCCGAGGCCCUGUAACAUACAGACAGGUGAGCACAGGUGCGACUGAGAGGAACACACGAAGGACAAGGACAUCUCUCAGCGGCCGCCAGUAACCGAGCUACAGAUUGAACAUGCUGCAGGUUGCAUGAGUGACAGAUAUGGGGUCAGUGAGAUCAUAUCUGCAGACUUUCACAGUGGUGGCACUUCUUCGCCUAUUUUUGACCACCGGAGGUGCGGGGCCUGAGGUGCGUGGAAUGGUCGGAGGUGUAGUGGAGUUGGAGUGUAGUUUUCCUCAAUCAGCGCCAACCAGUGUGACCUCCGCCUCCCUGCAUGUGGUUGAAUGGGUCCGACGGGGACUCGACAUCCCCAUCCUGAUCAAAUUUGGAUCCUACGCGCCUCGCCUCCACCCACAAUAUGAGGGCCGGGUGUCUCUUUUACGAGUCACCGACCUGAGGCUGGAGGACCUGCAGAUGGAUGAUGGGGGCUUGUACGAGUGUCGAAUCCUCUUACUGGAUGAACCCACGGAUGAGCUGCAGAACGGCACGUGGACUCUGCUUUCUGUAACCGCUCCACCCACCUUCACUGAAGCCCCGCCUCCUGCGAUGGAAGCUCUGGUCGGAAGUCACCUCUCUCUUCCCUGUGUUGCUAUUGGCAACCCUACCCCAACCAUCACUUGGCUAAAAGAAGGCAUUGUGAUUCCAAGAAUAAAUUAUCAGGAAGGAGCCUUAUCUCUGCAAGCAGUGAGCUCGCAGUCAGCAGGACAGUACACCUGCCACGCCUCCAACUCUGAGGGAAACGUGACCUGCAUGACCAAAGUGAAGAUCAAAGGUCCACCUGUUAUUGUCGUCCCUCCCACAAGCACCUCUCUCAACAAGUCCCAGAAUGCACUUCUCCGGUGCCAGGCGGUGGCCGAUCCCCCCAACAUGACCUACGUGUGGCAGAGAGGAGGAGAGAACGUCCAUCACAUAGAGUCUAUGAAGUCGCGAGUGAAGAUCAUGGUAGAUGGAACUCUACUUAUCUCCAGUCUCAUCCCCAAGGAUUCUGGGAACUACACCUGCAUGCCGACCAACGGCCUGCUGAACCCGCCGACCGCCUCUGCUAUCCUCACAGUGAUGCACCCAGCUCAGGCUCUCCCAAUGCCGCAGCAAACGUACCUCCCCACAGGUAUGGAGGGCGUGGUCACCUGCCCAGCGGUGGCUCAGCCUCCGCUGCUCCAGGUAGAUUGGACCAAAGAUGGAGAACCACUUGACCUGUCCUUGUAUCCAGGAUGGACCUUGACACCCGAGGGCUCUUUGUUCAUGACCACGGUCAACGACGAUACAGCGGGCGUGUACACUUGUACCCCAUACAACAGCUACGGCAGCAUGGGUUCAUCUGAGCCAACGGACGUUAUUCUACAGGACCCCCCAUCAUUCAGCGUCGCUCCAGAGAAGCAGUACAGACAGGAAGCAGGUAGAACCCUGAUCAUCCACUGUCAAGGAAACGAGGACCCCACAAUUAAAGUGACCUGGAGCAAGGUCGACUUGGCUCGCCGCAUUUCUUACUCCGUAGAACCCAACGGUUCUCUGCUCCUGCAGCCUCUCACUAAGGACCACCAGGGGGCGUGGGAGUGCAGUGCCGCUAACCGCGUAGCCUCGGUUAAAGUCAUCACACAAGUCUUUGUCCUGGGAACCAGUCCCCAUGCAGCUACCUCUCUGUCCGUCUCUCCAGGGGUGAGGCAGGCCAACGUUUCCUGGGAGGCAGGCUUUGAUGGAGGAUCAGACCAGACAUUUUCAGUUUGGGUGAAGAAGACUUCGGCGAGCGAUAAUGAUGGGAAGCAAAAUUGGUUCUCCGUGCCCGUGCCCCCCUCCUCCGGCUGCAGCCUGCAGGUGACAGGCCUGUCUCCCGCCACCGACUACCAAUUCAGCAUCCUGUCUCACAAUAAAAUGGGCACUGGGCCAUUCAGCGAGAUCACCGACGCACGCACCUUGGAUCCUCUGCCGAGAAGAAGCAAGCUCAAGCCCCCUGCGUCGCUGUCGGCUAAUCAGGGCUCAGCAGGUGUCCUUCUGCAGUGGUCCCUUCCUGAGGCCCAGCACCCCCCCAUCACGGGCUUUGUUCUCCAAUCCCGCACUGAGCAAGGGGAGUGGUUUCAUCUGGACGAGGACAUCAGUGCCAACAGUAGCGAGAUAGUCGUUCCGGGUCUGCACAAGGUAACAAGUCAGUCUCACUGCUCCCUCUGA